AAUCCUCUUGCGUUGUGACUUUAGUCACUUCUGCAUCCAUGCUUGUUAUUUUAUUCUGUCAUUUGUCAAUUUCUGGCAUUAUAGUUUCGCUUUAUACAGGGUGCGUGUGGUGUAAGGUGUAAACAUGCUGUGAUUAUUUCGAUCCCGUUUUAUGUUUAUCAUUAACACUAGUAAUUUUGUGGACGUGUUAUCCUUUUUAACAACAUGGUGAAAUUAUUUUGCAAACUGUGCCUCCAAAGUGUCGCUGGGGCGGAGUGGAAGUCCCACGCCGCACAAAAACAGCAUCUCCAACAACUACCAUGCAAAAUAAUGGUCCAAGGUUCUUUCAAACAAGAAGAAAUAGACCGCUUGUAUGAGUAUUUCGGGCGAUUCGGGGGCAUAAGGGCCCAAAAUGUGACAGUUGAAGGGGGCCAAACUUCAAUAGAAUACCGGUUUUGGGACGCCCGGGUUUAUUCCGACGUCAUCCACCACGUGCAUUCGCUUUUCGGUAGCGAGGUGGAAGUCAGUUGGUUCAAAAAAGUCAAGUCCGGGCCUGUUCAGCACGUCGUUCAGGAUGAUAAAAUGCGGAGAGAGAAAUUCGUCUACCGCAAACUCGCCAUAAUCAAUAGCCUCAAAGAAUUGCCAACCUUCGACGCGCAAGUCACGCUCUUCCAAAGCCAACUCAAAAGCGUCACGAGUGAGCUGGAGACCAACCGAAAACUGAUUCAAGACGACUUGAGUGCCCCGUUAGCACCGAAUUUCCCCCGCAGCAAAAUCCACUUCUUCGGUUCGAGUAUCAUAGAUUUAGACAUCCACGACAGCGAUUUAAACAUGUACGUUGACAAUACGGACUCUCAGUUGGCGACACUCGAAGUUAUGAAAGAUCUAAUGACGAAAAGUGACUCGUUUACGAGAAUUUCGGUAACCGAGACUGGUUCGAUUCAUUGCCAACACAAAAAGAGUAAAAUUGAUUGCCAAGUGAUAAUAAGGAACGAAUUACCGGUUGGUAAUAGCGAGUUGGUGAAGUUCUACUUGACGCUGGAUGAAAAACUGAAACCUUUGAUGCUUCUGAUUAAGUUUUGGGUGGAUUGUUGUGACUUGAGGCACGAAAAUGGGUUUUCCAGUCACGCGAUUUAUUUAAUGGUGCUGUUCUAUCUGCAGCAAGACCCGUACAAGCUACCUAGUGUGAUGGAUCUCCAGAAAGAGCUACCUCCGGAUGAGAUCGAUGGGUGGAAUUGCGCGUUCGGUCCAGUCGAAUUUACGAAUGUGACUCUCGAAUCUGCGACGUUGUUUGAUUUGUUGGUCGGUUUUUUCAAAUUUUAUUGCAAUUUCGACUAUACUUCCAAGGUAAUAUCGCCUUAUUUGGGGUCGACGAUUGAUAAAGUUAGUUUCGUGAAACCGUACGAUCUUCCAGAGUGCUUUGAAGACUAUCUAAAUCAGGAGGAAGUUUUUGUUGUAAAUUCGGGGUUUUGUGUCCAGGAUGUGUUCGAACAUUCGAAAAACGUGUCCUUUUCGGCUGAUUUGUCGACUGCGGGAAGAUUCACGGCUGCGUGUCGAAACUCGUUGCAACUGUUACGUACGGACACCAAAGACGUGUUAUAUAAAUUAUUGUUUAGUUCAGACAGUCUGAAUGAGUUCUGUGUCAAAAAUGAAGGUUUCUGUGAUGUUGACACUGUUAAAAGUGUCGUUUUGACUAUUUUGAGAGAGGUUUGUGGCUGCAAGGUCGAAGUGAAGGAUGGAGAUACAAGCGUCCUUUAUAGCUGUCAAAGUAGAGUCAAUAUUUGGGACAACAGAAUAGACGUUUUAAAAAAAUUGAUGACUGAAUUGUCGCCUGAUGCAACUCGAAUUGAGAGAGAAGUGGCCGUGACGUCACACAUUGUCAACAAUAGUUCCGAAAGUGCGACGUGGAAAAUGAUGGUGUCGCUAAAUUUUGACACGAAUUCAAGUAGUGUGAACGUUAGUUUCGUGGAAGUCGAAAAUGUGAUGUCGAUUUCGCACAUUCAACAUUUCGUCUACGUUAACUUAGUGGAGGGUUUAAAUGACAAAAGUGGUGUUUCGAAUUUUAAAGUUGAAGAUGAUGAGGUGGUUGCGGUUAAAAUGGAAAAAACUGUUGAUUUGACGCAAGAGUCGGUAAAAAGUGAAGAUUUAUCAGUGACCAUUUCGGACACACAAGAAGAUUUGGUUUUAGUUGAAACUCAAAUAGAGAGUAGUGAAGAAGAUCCAAGUUCAGGGGAUCAAACCAAAACCGAUAAUUUGGCUUCUGUAGAGUCUGAAAACGUGUCUUCCGGUGACAAUGAAACAGCUGAGACAGAACCCAGAGAAGAUCCAGUUGUUGAAAAUAGCGUCAGUGAAGAAACUUCAAAUGUUGACGAAAGUAAAAAUUUGACAACUGUAGACGAUGUUGAGGGCUUUGCUGAUAUUGAAAUGAAAGUUGAAACUGACGUGAAUCUACAAGAACGCGUUAAUGAUGAAGACGCUGAAAUUAUAAUAGUUUCCGACGAUGUUGAAAUGAUAAGUGUUGAUACAGAACAAUCAGAUAUCGUUAGUGACGAAGAUGCAGUUUCUGAAGUUGAAGACGAUCAUCAACAUGCCAAAGAUCUAAGUCAGGCGGAAAAUUUGACCGAAGUUUCUCAUGAGAUUCCAACGACACUUGAAGAAAAUUCUACAUGUGUUGACACCAAAGACUCGCCAGUUAUAAGUGCCGAAGAUGCAGUUUCUGAAGGUGAAGACGAUCAUCAACAUGCUAAAGAUCAAAGUCAGGCGGAAAAUUUGACCGAAGUUUCUCAUGACAUUUCAACGACACUCGAAGAAAAUUCUGCAUGUGUUGACACCAAAGACUCGCCAUUUAUAACUGACCUGAAUGAUAUAGCUAAUUCAACAGCUAGUGGUCCUGAGAUGGAAACGUUUGACGAAAGCGUACAACAUCUUGUUAAUUGGGGUACCGAAGAUAGUGAUUUUGACUUCGCCCAGUUCACACAGAAAGUGGCAAACGCCGUCAAAGAUCUGCCAACUUUCGACGAACAACUCGCCGUUUUUGUCAAUCAAGUACGCGACGACGCAGCUGAAGUAAAAAAAAAUUCUUCGAUUGUUUGUGACGAUUUGACCGCAGCUUUGGACUCGCUCUCGCCUGGCCACAAAGUACACUUACAUAGCGAGGUGGCCACGGGUUUGCUAAUCCACGACAAUCACAUAGAAAUGUAUUUGGAAGAACCGGAAGAAAAUUUGAAACCACAAGCGAUAAAAUACGCACUCGUUCAAAGCGGAAAAUUUUACGUGAUUUUAAACGCACAUUGUCCAGAGUGGACAAUUACAUUUAGGCACGUAGAAACUAAGAUUAAGUGCAGGUUGACCAAUGGAAAUAUAUUAGCGUUGAGGAAAAGCGAGUUGCUUCAGUAUUAUUUGAGUUUGGAUGAAAAAAUAUAUUCGUUGGUUUUGUUUAUCGCGUUUUGGACGAUGUGUUACAAGAUUGCUAGAUUCUCACCGCAAGCUGUGUACAUGCUGGUGAUUUUUUAUUUACAACAAGAACCGUACAAAUUACCGUCGGUGGUGGAGCUUCAGAGGGACGUAGUUCCGGAAAUGGAACGUGGGUGGAAUUGCGCUUUCGCGCCUCAGGAGUACACAAACGACGAGCUUGAGAAUGCCACAAUCGACGACUUGGUGUUCGGUUUCUUCAAGUUCUACGAAAAUUUCGACUAUUUUGAUUAUGUUGUGUCGCCGUAUUUGGGUUAUGCUGUUAAGAAAACUUGCUUCAUGGAGCCUUUUGAUUUGCCGGAAGAUUACAAUAAACGAGGUUUGAUGCUUCCAGUGAAACGAACAUGGUGUACGCAGGACCCGUUCGAACAUACGAAAAAUUUAGCCAGUCCUUUGUUAACUCCAGAAAGUUGUAGGAGAUUUCUGGCUUUGUGUAGUACCAGUUUGGAGUUUUUUUCGCAAGGUGAAAACCAACUUCUCCACCGUCUCGUUCUUGGCGCGCAACGACUGCCACUAAAUAGUGGCUCGUUUUACAUAUAUAAAGACAGCGAAGAAGAUUUUGCCGAGUGGAGGAGAUUCGUUAAGCGCGUGAUUUUAGCAACGUUAUGCGAAGUUUUAGCUUGCACUUUCACUGAAGGUCCGAGUGCUGAGCCGCUGAAGUUCAAAGUCAAGUCGAAAUGCCCGGUUCUUGAGAACAGAAUGGUAGCUUCGAAGAAAGUCGGUGAUUUCCCGUCCGAUAUGGGUGAACUCGAGAAAGAAAUUCAUUUGACUUCUCACAUUGUUAAGGAAUUUUCAGCGAAAAAGUACUGUAUGCAGAGUGUCGUGGACGUGGUUUUCGUUCCUGACCCGUGGAGGGUUAAAAUUGUGAUAAGUUGUAAACAACGCGGGAUUAUACAUAUCGACCAGUUUUUGAAAAUUAAGUUGGGGAGGUUUUUGGAGGAGCGGGAGAAGACGGAGGAGUUUUUGGGGAGAAGAUUUUCUGGUGAUGCUGUGGAUGCGAACUCACCACCGGCUAUUUCUCCAGACAUCCUGGACUAUGUAAAAGAGGGCGCCACGUUCUCCGACCAAAUCUUAAUUUUGUAUAACAUCCUACUCACCGAUCGCGCUGAAGUAGACAAAAAUUACCAAAUUAUUUCACAAGACCUGACGUCAAUCCUGACCGAGAAAUUUCCAGACCAUUCAAUACACCCAUACGGAUCCAGAUUCUUAAAUUUAGACUUCGCCGACAGCAGUUACGACAUCUACAUCGAUCUAGGAACGACCAACAGUCAAAAAGAGUUGGAAAAUUUGUUUUUAAAUUGUGGCAAAUUUUGCAACAUUUCGACUUCCGAAGACUCGAUUAAAUGGCGACACGUUGAAACUCAGGCGACUUGCGUGCUUAACUUAAGCAACAAAUUAAGCUUGAAGACAACCAAUCUGAUUAAAUAUUACUGCAGCCUCGAUGAAAAAAUCCCCGUGUUAAUGAAAAUUGUGAAAUUUUGGAACCUAAAAUACGAACUAGCUAUCAGCAGCUACGCUUUGUGUCUGAUGGUGAUUUAUUACCUCCAAGAUGCCCCCUACAAGGUACCUUCAGUCAAGCAGUUGCUGAUUCCGCGUUCCGAAGGCGAUUUUCAACCAGUCGAAUUUAGUGACGAAAAUUUGAAGAGAGAAGGAAUUUGUGAGCUACUGCGCGGAUUUUUCCGGUUUUAUUCGAGUUUUCGUUAUCUGUCUAACGUUGUGUCGCCAUUGUGCGGCUUUCUUGUCGACAAACGCUCCUUUUUGAAUUCCUCCAGAGAGCCAGAUUGGUAUCAACACUACAUUCAAGCAACCGGCGAUUUCACCCUAAAUUGUGGAUUUUGUAUCCAGGAUCCGUUUGAACAUAGUAAGAACGUUAGCGCUGCUAUAUCCAGAGAAGAGUCCGGAGAGUUCGCUGCGAUGUGUCGCUCAGCCGUUCAAGCAUUCGCUGAAAAUCUAACCUCUUUGUUUAGUCUUCGUCGUGACAAAAUCUUCGGUACUUGUCGUAUCGAAAAUGAUAAAUUUUGGAGGGAUUUUGUCGAAGUUAACGCGUUAAAUAUAAUGCGGGGGGUUCUGGGGUGCAGUCUCAUUGAAAGUUGUACGGUUGGUGGUGUGACGAAGUAUGUGGUGUAUCAAUGGGUUAAUAUCUGGGAUAAUUGGAUUGAGGUUUUGAAGCAGUUGCCGGCGGAGAAACGUGAUGAUGGUGACGUUACCCAGCACAUUUUGAAGAAUCAAGCACUUGUGGCGUAUAAUAUGGUUCAAGUGGAGUUAAGGUUUUCUGAAAAUCCGUUCAAAGUGGAUUUGGUGGUGAAAGGGAACGACAAGUCGCACUUUGUUCAUGUGCUGUACACCAAAUUGUUGAUGGUGCCAACAGAACCAGAAAGCAUCAACGGCUUGAAAAACCAGUUAAUCAGCAAACUAAAACAAAUACCAACUUUCACCGAGCAAAUCGCCAUCUUUGUAAAAACGCUCCAACCAAACAGAACCACAAUCGACUUGCAAUUUUGGCAUGUGUACAGGGAUUUAGUAUCAGACUUGGGAUCACUAAUCAAAAUACUUCAGAGACUCGGAGACGCAGCAUUAAUGGAAAUGUACACCCAUCUCAGCCCUGUACACUUUCGCGCAGGGAUGAAAGCGAAACGUAAAACCGAAAAAAGAAAACUAGAAGAAGUGAUGAGCUUACUCGAUGAAAGUAAAAAUUUCGUAAACGCCAGAUUGAUCCCCAAGACUACUUAUAAAGUCGUAGAAUGCCUCCACGUACCCACACAACUCGUGUGCGUAAUAGACGUAACACAAAAGUCCAAGAAGGCGGGUACCGUCAUGUUCAAUUAUUACAUGAAUUUGGACGAGAAAGUCCAGCAACUUUGUCUUUUUGUCAAGUAUUGGAACUCUUGUUACCUACCGACCAAACACACUUUUGUACCGGACGUGCUGUAUUUGUUGGUGAUUUUUUUUCUACAGCAAGAACCGUACAAGCUUCCUCCGAUAGCUGACAUUUUGGUCCAACGGAACGUUGACAAACCGGUUUUUAGACAUUUAAAAUUCAAGAGCGUUGCGCUUCAGCGUGCCACGAUUUUUGAGCUAGUUCGCGGUUUUUUCAAAUUCUAUUCCGAGUUCGACUAUUUCACUCGAGUGGUUGCACCACUUAACGGUUUCGCAACGUUUAAAACCAAUUCCAACCAUAAGAAAAGUAUGUUAUCUACUUUGUUCAUCGAGCAUCCGUACCGAUCCGGUACAACCAUGAUGGAGCCAAAGUCCUACUUUACUUCUGCCGUGUUUUCUCAUCGGUGCAGACAGAGUUUGAGUUUGGUGGACAACGGCGAAGUCGACCUUCUACCAGCUUUAAUCCAACCCAGGCAGGACCAUCCCAGCUUUGAACUGGUUAACCGCACAAGGGUCGACCAUCAGCGCUGGAAGAAAAUGAUGGUGGAUGGCUUCCAGAAAAUCGCCGUUGAACUGUUGGCUGCCACUUUUAAAAAUUCGAGCGAAGACGGGCUUUUUACGAUUUCGUGCCGGCUGGACUUUUGCUCGCAGAAGCAGUUCAGGAAGUACUUGAAGAAGGUGAGGUGCGUUUUUUCCGGGAGCACUGCUUGGGAUGGAGAUGUGGAGUUUUUUUCGAACGUACUGGAUGAAAAUUCGAGGAGGGAAGUGGAUGUCCGGUUGGAGUUUAGCGAGUGUCCGUCGAAAAUGGUUUUGAGUUUUCCCAAGCCGGAUUUUUUCGGGUUUCACACUAUUCAUAUUUUUUACACGAGGAUGAUGAAGUUUCAGGAGAACGUGCCACGGUUUGAUGUGUUUGAUCAACCUUCAUUCCUACAGUCCCUCGAAGAAGGCAAAACAUUCCCAGACCAAGCAGCCAUUCUAGAAAACAACUUGAUUCCACACAAAGACAAAAUGAAAGUCCACCAGACGAUGCUUAUCCGGGACUUGACAUCAACUUUAUCUCCAAACUUCCCGACCAUCAAGUUUGACAUCUACGACGCGAACAUCACCGGCUGCACCUGGUCGAACUCCAAGUUCAUACAAAUGUGCGUACACGACAUAACACUCGAGGAAUCCACCUCAACCACAAUCCACGAUUUGCUCACCAAAAACGACGUAUUCUCCAACGUGUUCGUGCUAGAAAAUUGCGAAAAUUCAAUCAAAGGCAACCACGUCCCGACGAACACAAUUUUUGAGUUGAACUUGAAAAGUAAACUACCCCUACAAACCAGCCAGUUGAUCAAGUUCUACAUGUCUUUGGACCCGCGAAUUUCCUCUUUGAUGACCAUCGCCAAGUUCUGGCUUGAUUGGGAUAACAACAACUUCACCAAUGAGUCGCUGCCUCUCAUGACAAUUUUUUACCUCCAGGUGGUGUUUAAAUUCCCGCCUGUAGGCGAAAUGACGUCGUACUUCCAAAGCACGGUGGAUAGCUCCAAAGCGUCAAACCUCCUCAAAGGGUCGGCUCUUUUCGAUCUCGUUGUCGGGUUCUUCGAGUUCUAUCACUCGUUCGACUACAAUUCCUACGUUGUGUCGCCUUAUUUCGGCGUACUUGUGGAAAAAGUGUGUUUAUUGAGUCCUCUGGACUUACCCGACGGUUUCCAAAGCUACCUAAAUCAAGGUAUCGAAUUCACGAUGGGGUCGUAUAUAGACGUCCAAGACCCCUUUCUACUCCACAAAAACGUGACCAUGCACCUUAUGGACACUGAUCUCUCUGUGUUCUUCAGACGUUGCCGAUGCGCCGUUCGUGAUUUAAAAACCCCCUCGUUGUCGGUCAUUUUAAAGCAUCAAGAACAAGAUCUCGUCGUCAGUUACAGGAUCAAAAGAAACGAAAACCAGGAUCCGCAGAAAUGGGUACAUACUUUGUUUAUGCUUGUAACGAAGCUUUUGAGGGACGUUAUUGACGCUGACGUUUCGUUUUUGGUGAAACCCACUGAUGAUGGUGUGUGUGUUUGGGAUUGCAAGGGGACUCACAACGCUUGUCAAAUGAGGGCACAGGCGGCGAAAAGGCUGCUUUUACCGGACGGAAUUAGCGACGUGGAGAAAGAAAUUGCCAUCACGAAGGCCGUAAAUGCACAAUUUUUUUCACUUUCGAAGAACUGGAAAGUGAUCGUGGAGUUAAUUCUGGAAAAGGAUGUUUCUGCGGUGACUCUCCGCGUGAAGAGGUGGUUUUUGGCGCACUUGAGGGAGUGUAAAGGCCAGUUUAUUUAUGCGCAGUUGAACAAGGCUUUGAGAGGUCCGUUGUGUGACGUUAACGAGGACACCUUGGACGAUAAAGACGCACAAAAAUCAGACCCUGCCACAACUCUCAUAGCCAACAAAUUUAACUCCGCCCACACUCUCGCGGAGCAAGUCGAAGCCAUACGAAGCACCCUCGGCGUCAACGACCAAAACAACGACCUUAUCGAAGAGGACUUAAAAACGACUUUGGGAGCGCAUUUCACGCUGAAAAAAAUCUCCUUCAACUUUCGACUACUAACUUCCGAAAACUUAGACAUCCACAUCCAACUUGAAAGUGAAACCCAGUCCAAGUGUCUACAAAAAAUCAAAGAACUGAUUUGUAAAAGCGACAAAUUCUCUGACGUUUUUCUAAUUUCGACUCAGAUUAUAUGCACACAUACCGAAACCGGGACCGUUUGCAACUUGAACACCGACGAUAAAUUCUCAGAGCACAGGCGCAACUUACUUAAGUAUUACUUAAGUCUGGACGAAAACGUGGCUCGGUUAAUGUCGUACGUGAAACUGUGGGCGGAUCACGGUAAAUUCACCGGAGUGUACGGGUUUUCGAGUGAUGCCAUCUACACAAUGGUUGUGUUUUUCCUACAAGUGCAUUAUAACCUACCGUGUGUGAGACAACUCCAAGAUAACCAACCCCCGGUGGAAAUCGACGGCUGGAACUGCGCUUUUAAACCACUCGAGUUCAGGAACGACCACCUCCGAAAUUGCAAUAUUCGAGAUUUGGUGGUCCAAUUUUUCGAGUUCUAUGGAAAUUUUGACUAUGUGUCUCAAGUGAUUUCGCCGUUUUUGGGCGAAGUUGUCGACAAAGUGCGAUUUUUAAAACCGUACGACCUUCCCGAUUCUUACCACAGAUACAUCCAAAAAAAUGGAGUUCUUACUGUUGAUUCGUCGUUGUGUAUUCAGGACUUUUACGAUCAUGGGCGCAACGUUUCUACCGCGCAACUUUACCUAUCCGGGAUGUUUUCAAUCGUGUGCUAUUUCUCGGCCGAAAUAAUCAAAAGUAACGAAAUUAACUUCAUGCAGAAACCUAAACUCGAUCACCGGACUUGUCUGAGUAUCCAAGUGGCUACAACUGAUGCGAAGGAGUUGCAGACUGUCGUAGAAACGAUAUUCAAAAAAGUGUUUGCGUGUACGAUAUGGCCGGUGGCGCCUGGAAACAUAUUCGCUAGGUAUGAGGGUGUCGCACUGUACGAUAUUUGGUCGACUAGAAUGGUCUCUUUGAAAAAGGUAGGACCAAUACCGGAUAGAAUCGAGAGACAAGCGUGCGUGACUUCGAGUAUUGUUAGAGAGUCGCAGCAGAACGUGUGCGCAAAGUUCAGUCUGUCUUUGAUAGAACGGACUGACUAUGUGGAAAUUCAUUUCGUAAGGAUAAGCGAUUUUCCGGUUGCUUUUCAUUUGUGGAGUUUCUUGCGGGUGGAAUUUUUCAAGGAGCAGAAUCGACUCAGCGGAUACGUCCUGAAGGAUUUGCCGUACUCGAUCAAGGUUCCACAACCUGAAAUUCCCGUGGUGGCAGACAGAACUGACACCCAGGAACCAAGUUCUUCCGACCAAGACCUUCCAAUCGCUGAACUUAACCGCAACAACCCGCCCACAUUUACCCAACAAGUGUCUUUCUUUCACACGAAUUUCGUGACCGAUAAAGUCACACUAGACCAACAGCUGAAGACACUUUCCUCCGAUUUGUCUUCAGUUUUGAGCAACGGGGGUAAAUUCGUCUUCUACGGAUCCGCGGUCACAGGCUUGCAUUUACGCCACAGCGACAUAAACAUCCAAAUAUACGAGAGAAGUCCAAUGAAAAUCAAGACACUCCUGUGUGAAAGUAACGCAUUCUCGGACGUCAGCUGUCCCGACAACGUACAAAUCAAAUGCGUCCACGUCGCUACCCAGCUACGACUUAGCUUGACUUUCAGACGCGGAAUCGCCGUCAAAACUAGUCAGUUGAUCUCGUAUUACUUAAGUCUGGACGAAAAGUUGCCCCCUCUAGUGACAACAAUCAAAUACUGGAUGUAUUACCAGAAGCUACUUAAAGACGGCCAGUUCACCGGAUACGCCAUAACCUUGAUGGUCAUCUUUUACCUUCAGGAAGUCUAUAAAUUCCCUUCUGUCGUCAGUUUACAAAAUAAGUGUGCGCCGGUUUACGUGGAUAACUGGAAUUGCGCAUACGAUUCAACUCCCGCCGCUGAGUCGCUUCCGGAAUUGGGGACUUUGUUCGAUUUGGUUAAAGGUUUUUUCAAGUUUUACGGCGACUUGGACUAUUUCUUGUUUGUGGUGACGCCGUUCAUCGGAACUCCGGCUGCUAAAUCGCGCUUUUUGAGCCCUUUUACUUUGCCGGAAGAGUACAAGUGUUACGUGACUAUGCAGCAGGAGCUUGCCGUGGACUCGGGACUGUGCGUCCAGGACCCGUUCGAACAUUCGCGGAAUCUCACAGCUUCGAUUACCUAUUGGGACGCGUGUGAGUUUGCUAUGCGUUGCAGAGACGCAGUGCGUCGUAUGCACUUGGAGGAAGACAGGAUGCUGAGCGAUUUGUUCAUGUAUAACAAAUGGCUUAAAGUUGAGUUUUCCUUGUUGAAGCCUUGUAAACUGAGCAAGGAGAAGUGGGUCCAGGAUGUUAAAGAUCUGACAUCUAAGAUUUUAGCUAGAGUUUUGGGGUGUAAAAUGAUGGAUGUUACUAAUGCUAAUGGUUGUACGUUGUACAAGUGUAAAGGUUCUAACGCCGUGCGCGAGAAUAGGAUAAAGACGUUAAAGGGCCUGUUGAAAGGGAUGCGCAGUAAUAUCAGUUCGAUUGAGAAAGAGAUCGCCGUGACUACCCAAAUCAUGAAAAGUUUUAACUGUCCGAAUCAAGGUACGUGGAACUUCAAAGUGCGGGUAAUCACUGAAGAUAACCCAUUUAGAGUGACUUUUUCUGUGUCGGGUUCAACGGAAGAGUACUUUUGCCACUUCUUAUACACCAGAUUGGUGAAGUUUUUAGCCAGCGAAGUCAAGGCACCUAUUACACUUUAUUAUCCGAGCGUGGUUCCUACUACCGUAGAGGCACCCGUUGUUAAAAUUGAAGAACUCACUCCAACGGUAUCUUUGAAACGACCAAUCGAGGACUCUUCACCCGUCUCUACGAAAAAAAUGAAACCAACAGAUGUCAAUACGUCUCAGGAUGAUGAAUCGCAGCAGCAACCAGUGUCUGCAAACGAAGAAACAGAAACUUGCGAAAUUGUUGCAACGGCUGCUCCACAAACUGAAGAAUUGAACGAAAUUACGGCUGUAUUGACUGAUACAGAGGUUGCUUCUGGUUCUGUUGAACCAGAGGUUGCUUCUGUUUCUGUUGAACCUAGUGGUGCGGACGUAACUCCCGAUUCGUCUGUUUGUGCCGAAGCUGCGAAUGCUACACCUGGUUCGUCUGCGGUCGAAGAACCGAGCGCUGUUUCGUCGAAUGUGACACUAGUCAACCAAGAAAUCGAAGAUCAGGUGCCUUCCACGUCAACUGACGAGCAAUCCCCCCAAGAAGCGUCGUUGCUUUCUUCGCCGAGCCAGGUUUCGAUUUGUACGGAUUCCACAUGCGAUUUUAAAAAAAUGAAGCAAUGGGUUCUUAAAAAGUCGAAGGAGAAACCGACCUUCGACGCGCAAGUGUCGUACUACUGCUCGAAAUUGCUACUCGAUAAAAAGACAAUCGAAGCAAACCAUGUUAUAAUCCAGCGCGAUUUAGCGUUGGCUUUGGCCUCUAGACACACUUUCACCAACAUCCAUUUCUUCGGAUCUUCAGUCAUGGAGUUAUUCAGCGAAGAUAGCAUUCUCGAUAUCUAUGUCGAAAAACUUGAAUCGCGUGAGGGUUUCACCGGACUAAAGGUGGAUUUAAUCCAAGAGUGUCUAGUCGACAGUGGCAAAUUUUACGAAGUGUCGACUUCUUUAGCCGACCAGGCGGUCAAGUGCAGACAUAGAGAAACCAAAAUCGAGUGUGAAAUUCGAAUGAAUAGUAAACUACCAGUGUGUAACAGUCGCUUAAUCCACUACUACCUCACCCUCGACCCGAAACUGCGCCCUCUCUUCUUCGUGAUUAAAGCCUGGGCGGAGUCGCAACAACUCAAAAAAGUGUCCUUUUUUUCCAAUUACUCAAUCUACAUCCUGAUCAUUUUCUACCUCCAACAAGACCCGUACAAAAUUCCUCCGGUGAGCGAGCUCCAGAAGAACGCCCCGCCCGAGUUCAUAGGCGACUGGAACGGCGCUUUCAUCCCCAUCCAGUUCACCAGUCCCGCUCUCAAAAGCGCCACGCUCAAAGACCUCGUACUCGGCUUCUUCAAAUUCUACUCCUCCUUCGACUAUUUCUCGUACGUCAUCGCCCCAUUCUUCGGCUCCAUAAUCAACAAACUAUGUUUCCUCAAACCCUACGACUUACCCCCGUGCUACGAAAACUUCAUAAGCGCCAACCACCUCAUGUUCAUGGAAUUCGGUACCUGGGUCCAGGACCCGUUCUGUCACUCCAAAAACAUCACAGCCGCUGUGAACCUCAUCAGCAUGGGGAGAUUCGCGGCGCUGUGUCGCUCCGCCCUCCAACUUGAAACCCCGAACGAGAAACAGCUCCUGUGUCGACUUAUCCUCCAGUGCCAGAACGGCUCCCUGGUGGACUACCGCGGGGUCGAAAUCGAAAAAGGGGAAAUGUGGGAUGAAUUGCACUGGAUCCAGAUCGUUCGAAACGUGUUGUUUGUAAUCGUCACGAAUAUCCUGUGUUGCAACAUCCUGCAGGUGCAGCAGAAACGAUUGAACGAAGGGACCAGGACUAUUAACAUCGCGAAUAAACUGCGGACGGGGAAAGUCGACCAAAUCGUGCUCAAUUGUAUGGGGAUGAGGAACAUCUGGGACGGUCGAAUCCACAUUUUGAAAAUGUGGCAGGAUCAGAUAUCGCGGGAUAGUACCUGCUUCGACGUGGACGUGUUCGUGUCGAACUUGAUACGGAACGACGUUCGGAGGGUGGCGACGUACGAUUUGUGUGUGGAGAUGACGUUCAUUAGGGACCCGACGAGUGUGAGGAUUGCGGUAUACGGGGCGAAUAAAUUGCACUUCACGCACUACUUCUACACGAGGAUGCUGAAGGCGUUGGAGGCGGCGGAGCUGAAGGAGCAGAUCUGCAAUCAGUUCAACGUGGACUCGACAGCUUUACCAGUGAGCCCCGUAUCCAAGCCGUACAAGAUCUUGGUCAAAGGUAAAUUCCAGUGCGAGAAGGUUCUCGAAGUUCACGAUUCGUUUUCAACAUUUGGCAAAAUCGUGGGUGUAAAUAUCGUAGGCGAGGACACAAAUCUGGGUAUAGAGUAUUGCUUCGCAGAUUGUGCCGUCUACCUUCGAGUGAUACAAGAAGAGCACGUGGUUUUCGAUCAAAAAGUGAAAAUAGUGCCCCUCGCUCCGAUAAAAGCACGACCACCUAAUGCGCGAUUCAAGGACUGGCGACUGGCGGUAACACACAGCGUUAUCGAAAACUCGCCCUUUGAUCAACAAGUGGAAACUCUAUGGAGCUCACUUCACUCCAACAAACUCGAACUCGAACAACGAAACGAAACCAUCCGAAACGACUUCAACUGCGCACUGUUUUCGAAAUUCGCAGACGGUAAAGUCUACUCAGGUGGUAAUAUUGCAGGUUUGGACAUCGACCAUGACUACGUUGACGUGUUCGUGGAAAAUGUAUCCACAGACGACGAGUUGGCAACGUUGCAAACCAUGAAAGAUCUCAUUUGUAGCAAUAAUAGUUUCUGUGGAGUGUCACUUUCACUCGGUACGAGUGCGCACAUCGAGUGCGCACACGUCAAAACCGAAGUCAAGUGUUACUUAAGACUCAGAAACAAAAUGUCGGUGAGCCGCAACCGCUUGAUUAAGUACUACUUAAGCUUAGACAGUAAAUUGUCUAAGUUUAUGUUGUUACUUAAGUUUUGGGCGGAUUGCUACGACUUGAUCGACCCGAAAGCUUUCUCAGACAGCGCCAUCUACUUAAUGGCGAUAUUCUACCUCCAGCAGGACCCUUACAAGCUACCACCGGUCAAAGAUCUCCAGGAAAACGUCGACUCCGAGGACACCGCGCCCUGGAAUAGUUCUUACGCGGAAAUCCUCGAUUUCUCUAGUCCUGCUCUGGAAAACGCGACAGUCCUCGAACUGUUCCUCGGUUUUUUGCGCUUCUACUCCAACUUCGACUACGUCACGUACGUCGUUUCGCCAUACUUCGGCUCGCCUCUCGAGAAAGUCCGUUUCGUGAAACCCUACGUCGUCCCGCAGUGUUUCACGCAAUUCUCGACCCAAAGCAAAGACUUAAACGCGACUUCCAGUAUUUGCGUCCAGGACUUCUUCGAGCAUUGUGUGAACCUCACGUCUUCCGUCACUUUGGAUUGCAUGGGACGCUUCACCAAUCUUUCCCGAUCCUGUCUUCAAGUAGCCGAAUCCGAGGAGGAUUUCCUCUUGUAUAAGUUUUUAGUAAACGCGCAGCCGGACAUCUUCGAGUACCCGUCGUUCGUUAUCGAAAAAACCAACGACUGCGACGAGCAGGAGUGGAUCCAGGAAAUCAAGACCCUCUCUUUGAAGAUUUUGUCGGAUAUUUUGAACUACAAGUUGUCGACGAUUUCGGCUUUCGGGGCGGAGAAGACGAGUUUCGGGUGCGUGGGUCAACACGACGUGUGGAAAAACCGGGUCAAGGCGAUGAAGACGCUGUCGGCGCAGACGACGCUCCGGGGCAUCGACAAAGAAGUCGCCGUCACGACCCAGGUUAUUAUAGACUUUCCGGAGACGAUCGCCUGGAACGUGUUCUUGGAUUUGACUUUCUUGAAGAAUCCGAGUCGGGUGAAAGUGGUUUUUUUGAGGAAAGCGGGGUGCUACAAUGUGUAUCACGUGUGCCAUUUUCUGUACACUAGGUUGGUUAAGUUCUUGGACGGGGGACGUGCGGGGGAGUGUCUCGAUAUUGUGGAGGCGGCGUCAAUCUCACCGCAAAAAUCUCCAACCAAAUCGACUAAAUCGCCACAAGUGAAGACCCCCGAAGCUUCCAAUUCCACGCCAGAAGCAGAAAAAACCGGACAAACCCAAGACACCCCCACCCGCAAGCGGAAACGAACGAAGCCCGUCGAAGAAGGCGAAAUCACCGAUGAGGACGAAGAAGAGGAAGAAGACGACGACGUUCCGUCGGACUUCUUCGACGAUUUCGCGAAGGAGGACUUCUUGGACGGUUUGGAUAUCAUCGAUAACUGGGACAAUUCUAAGAAAGAAGUCCCGAAGGAGAGUCCAUCUUCGGUCGAGCAACGCAGGAAACGUUCGCGAUCGCGAUCACGCCACAGGCACCGCAAACACAGCAAGUCGCGCAGACGCUCUAGAUCGACCAGCAGAUCAAGGUCUGGGUCUAGAAGGAGAGACCGGGCGAGGAGGAGUCGGAGAUCGAGCUCCAGCAGCACUAGAAGCAAGGAUAAGCAUAGGAGCCGGACUCGGACUAGAAGCAGAACUAGAACUAGAAGCAGAAGCCGCUCGUCGCGUUGGUCGACGCGACGGAGGAGUCCUGAAUAUCGCUCCCGGAGACGCAGUUCGAGCAGAGAGAGUCCAGGUGCACGAAGACGGAAGGAAGUGCAAAGGAAGUCGUUCCUGGAGGAGAUUAGGGAGAAGUUGAACGAAGUGCGACCCGCGGCUCCUCCUCCUCCUCCUGUCAUUUAUAAUUUACCGCCGUAUACCACGCCACCACCGGUACCGGCGCCUCUUCCGAUUCGUCCGUCGUACUUUAACCAGCCUCCUCCGCCGGGGGUUCAGGGGUUCGAACCGAGUUUUUUUUUUAGUAGUGGGGUUCCGGUGAUUCAUACGCCGCCGCUGCCGCUGGAAUCGGUGCCUUCUCCAUUGCCCGCACCCCCACCAGUUUUGUCGGUUCCCCCACCAGCGUUAUCCGUUCUCCCACCGACGUUGUCCGUUCCCCCACCACGGUUAUCCGUUCCUCCGCCACCCGUGCACGUGCCCCCACCACCGACAUGUGCCCCUCCUCCACCGGAACCCAUUCCCCCACCACCACCUUCGCCUCGUGCGUCAAGUCAAACAACGAAAGAAGAUUAUGCCAAACUUUUCGCGGAGAAGAAAAUUUCUCUUUGUGAAUAUUUAGCGGUAACUGCGAAGCAGGAAGCGUCAGUAAAGUCAGCAGACCCCAAACAUCUCCAGGAAAAAGCUAAAAUACUCUCUCGUUGCCAAGACGUAAUCAAAAUGUUCCAUCGUCAUCGUCAUUCCGGUCGGUUAACGGUUAAACCAACCCCAAAACCGCCAUCCACACCACAACUAAAUUAUCAAUCUCCUUUAAAGAAAACGCCAGUUGUCAGGUUUCGGUUCACGUCGCCUCUGAAGCAACCGACGACAGACGCCUACGAAGCGGCGCUUAAUAAGGUGUGUGAGAAAGCCGGAGUUGCGAAGAAAGUCGAGGCUGCAGACGGAGUCGAUAUUGUGGAUUUAGUGACUGAAGCGUUGAUUAAAUCCACCUCCAUUGACAAGGAAACUGUGACGCGUGUUUUGAGGGAAACGUUACUGGGGGUGGUGGAUAAUGAAGGGGGCAGAGCGGAUGUGGGGACGCAAAACACGAGUGUGGUGAGGAGCAGCAGUGUGGGCUUCCAGGUGGAAGACGAGAGGAAUUCGGCGGGGGAUUUGCCGGAGAGGGGGAGAAGGUUGUAAGAGUAUUUUUGUUAUUUUCAAAUUGUGAAUAUUUUUAUAUAGUGGUUAUAAAGAUUUGUAAACGCAAUACUUUCAGAUUAUAAAUAUACAAAACAA